GUCACAGAUUUCAAUAGACAACAGCGAAGAUAUUGAAUAACAUUCGAAGUGUACCGUUAUUGUUUGCUGUUGCAGCGUCGUAGCAAAAGCUAAAGUGAUUCUCAACAUUUAAUUAUUCAGAACCUUUAUCACACAAAUAUGUUUCGGUAUAUUGUUUCUUUGAUCUUAGUGAAUACAUAUUACUGUAGCUCAGGAUAUCCUAUCUCACCAAAUUCAAGUAAUGUUUUAAUGGCAAAACCACUUACGACAGUCGCAAAUGGUUGUAAAAACCAGUUCCUUGCUGAUUUAACAAGAAAAAAUAUUGAACAUUGCAAUGCUCCUGUACCAGCUUUCAGUAAGACUGAGCUGGAGUGUGUUAUGUUUUAUGAAAUAAGUACACGCAUGUGCUCUGAAACCUUUCCACCUGACUUCAAUAUAAAUGAGAAUUAUACUAAAAAAAUACAAACUAUUCAAGAUGCGCAAAGAUUAUGUGAUUAUACCGACUCCUGGAAAUUUCUUCACCUUGGAAACUAUACACUGCAUAAACUUAAGCUUGAGAGAGUUUUUAACAAAAAAACAACAUGCAUUAAAUUAUGUAGUGUGGAUAGUGUUUUGGAUGUAGACUCAAACUUUUACUGUAAAUUUUUCCAAUGGGGCACUGAAUUGUUGAAUACCCUGGAGACCACAUCAAAAGCUCAACAAGAAAUCAUAUCUGAACCAACUACUCAGAAUUCUACACAAAAUAGAACUGUUUCAACAACUUUAAAAGUUGAUAAUGUCACCACUUCCAAGAGUAAUGAUAAUCAAAAAAAUCUUGAAACAAAUUUAUUAGCCUCAGAAAAGAAAAGUCCAGAUAAUGAAAUGAGCGCACAAUCUCCAAAUAAGGCUUCGGAAUCAAAUGUGAUUGAAACUGAUAUUCAUAAAACAUCACCACAAUUACAACCAUCUGUUAAACCAGAAUCAGAAAAACCAUUGGCAGUUGCUGAAGAACCACCCAAAAAGGAAUUACUUGAGAAAAUUGAACCACCUAUACCACAACAAGUAAAAGAUGUAAAACCCAAUGUUGAAAAUGUUAAACAAAAUGAAUUGGAUGAUGAUGCAGAAAACGAAUUCGGCAAUGAUCCAGAUUUAGAUGACGACCCUAUGUCAGACCAAGAGGGUGAAAAUGGAAAUGAACAAAUAGCCGAAUCGGAUCCCAAGCUUGAAGUUGAGAAACCAAAAGUUGUUGAGAAAAAAAUUGAAUCUAUAACAUCUUUACAGCAAGAUGAAAUACAAAGAGAAUCAGGAAUGUUCCCGAAUCCUAUUCAGGACUCCUUCUCUGAGGAGGACGACCACUUCUUCCCAUUCUUCUUGACAGCCAUCAUAUUUGUAGUGCUCCUGUAUAUAUUAUAUCAUAAUAAAACCAAAUUCACAAAAGUGAUACUAGGGCUAAUAGUUGAAGGAAGACAGACAGGACGCCGUAGAAACAGUAGGGGUCAUUCUUAUAGGAGAUUGGACACUCUUGAACAAGCGAUGAGUUCAAACACAGCGGCACCUCCAAGCAAAAUAAUAUACUGAAUGUUUAAAGUACAAUUGCAUACUAACAUAAGUUCUUGUAUAUUUUAAAUGGUUAUAAAAAGAUGACAAUCGGAGUUCUUUUUUCAAAAUCUUGUUGGUAAAGUCGCACAUGAUGUAUAACAAUGAACACAAAUAUUAUUCGAAACUUUUUAAAUAUUGCAAUCUAGUCUAUCUAAAAUGUAUUAAAGUAUGCAUGUAGCUAGACAAUAAUUGUAUGAGAAGAAAUCCUUUUUUGUACCACAUUGUAUAGUUUUGUUGAGAUUAAAUUAUUUUCUUUUUGGUGGAUUUAUUUUAAAAUUGUAUACAAAGAAAAAAAAUACAGAUUAAAAAGGGCAAACAGGUUUUGUGAAAGUACAACCAUAGAUUAUUAGUUAUUUGUCACCUGUGAUUAAAGAAAUUGUCAAAUAAAGAUUAUGUUUCCUUGUUUUAGGUAUAUACAUAUAUUAUUUUUGUGUUUUAAUUUAUAAGAAUUAGGUAAGAAUCUUAAGCUUGAGAACAAGAAUACGUUCGAUAUUUAAAAAUAUCGUUUUAAGUUAUUUUUAGAUCUCAAAUGUUAUAUGAAAUCCAGGAGGUGUUGGCCCAACUUAAGAUUUUAAAGUUUUCUAAUUGAUUUCAAAAACUAUAUACAGCUUUGGGCUGCCUUUAAGAAUUAGGUUCGAUAUAUAAGUUAUUUUUUAAUUUUUUUUUAUAAGUUAUUUAUUUAGAUUUUUGUUUGGAUAAAUUGGUUAGUACUUUAGCUAUUUACAAACGAAACAUUGAUAAGAUUUUGUAUUGUAAUUGUCCUGUUAACUACCUAGAGUUUAAAACGAAUGUUUCUCUGUUUAUACUCCCAAUAAAGUCUACAGAUAU